AUGUCAGACACUCAAAAACCCAUUCAAUUUACAGAAUCUGAACUAGACGCUUUGGUUGAAAAAAAAGGUUACGAAAUAGCCAAUAAUAUCGAGGAUGAAACUUUAGAUGAGUUAAACGAAGAAAUUAAUAUUAUUGAUGAACUAGAGUCUGUCUAUAAGACAAAAUUAUUCUUAUUGAAGAAUUUAGAGAAACAAAUUAAACUACAAUUCCCAAACAAAUAUGAAGAGUUUGUGAAGAAUAUAUCUAGAGUUAAGACUGGAGCCAGUUUCCAAUAUUGUAGAAUUUACGAUAAAUUAAACGAAGUAAAUACCAAGAAUGCCUUUACUCAAGAAGAAAUUGAAAAGUUUCUCGAUAUGAAGAAUUACGAGUUAAAAGAAACUGAAAAAAGAUUGCCAAACAGCAGGAAUCAUCCAUAUUGGUCUAAAGCAAAGGAUAUUAAAGAUAAUAUUGUGGGAGUUAAAACAGCUUACAAGAAACGAAAUUUUGAUAAUUACAUUAUACUUGUCAGAUAUAGUGAACGAAUUCGCCAAUUACCGAAAUAUAAUUAUCGAAACAUAUCUUAUCAUAAACCUUUUAACAAAAGACGAUUUAAUAACUUAAAAGAAAAAAGCAAAACUUAUUACUGUAAGAGGUGUAAUGAUAUUCUUACUAUCGAAAAUUUCUGCUAUAAAUGUGAGUCGGAAGAUCUGGACAAUUCAGAAUCGAUUCACACGAACUCUUCAAAAUCGGACAGUGAAGGUUCGAAUUAUAUUACUGAUGAUGGGUUUGUUAUUAUGGAUGACAAGAAAUCAUCAUAUAUUCAACAGGGUUUUGUUAAAAAUGAUUCUGUGUUUUUUUCCGAUAAUGAGCUGGUGAUGGAUGAUUCUUCUUUUUCUUCUUAA